GUCGAUUCCUUUUGCAGCUUUCAUAAAAAAUAUAUUCCAUGGCAGAAGAUGACAUGAAACCCGAACGAAGCACGAGUUCAUCACGAACGACGGGCAGUGACAUUGGUGAACUUCAACAAAAGAUCUCUAAAGCUGAACGAGAACUCACACAGCUACGGGUCGAGUUACAACAAACUCAACAACAAGCCAAAGCCGCCGAGCUUCAUGCACAAGAGAGUGGACGCACGAAUCGCAAGCUAAAGACCGAGAUCCAAACACUGACAGACAUGAGCAACCGCAAAGAUCGACAAGCGGAAAAUGCGAAAGCGACAGCGUUCUUUUUCGAAGGCCAAGUGAAAAAGUAUACGGAUGAAAUAGAGACAGCACAGAGAGGCAUGGGCCAUCUGAAGGAGCUCGAUGACCAGCUUAGGGAGGCAAAGGAACAGCAGCAAAAGCUCGAAACGAAUGCGCAGGAAGAACACGGCGAGGUACGGGGAGAAAUCCGCAGGAUACAGGAGAAGUACAGGGCAGAAAAGAGCGAGCUCCAGGAUGUCAUUUCCAAGGCAUAUGAAGAAUUGGCCGCCACAUCAUCUCGCGCGCUUCAAAUACAAAAGGAAGCAGAGGAGCGGAUCAAGGAUGCUAUUGGACCCAUGGAUGUACAGAUCAAGGAGCUCGAGCAAGAGCAUCUGGAAAUGGAACAACGUCAGGCCGAUACCAUUCGGGAAGUGCAGCAAGAAGUCGAACAGUUGCGACAGAAGUUGGAUAAUUCGGAAGCAUCGACUCGUUCGCAUGAAGAAAUCAUGACCAUCGUACGAAACGAAAUGGAUAGAAUUAUGCGUCGCUUAAGAGCGAUCGAUCAAGCUGAACUAUGAUUUUACCUUCAUGCACACACGCACACGCACACACAUUCUCCCCUACGCACCACUCGACAGACAUAACAGACCAUGUCGUCGACGGAAAACUAAAAUCGAUAUCAUUACAUAACUUAUAUCAUAUACCACCAACAACUCCCUUCUUUCUUUCUUUCACUUAAUCAGAGAAACAAUCACAACACCUUUUUUUCCGGAAACACUGCUUCAACAAUAAACAUGGCACGUUUUCAUUCUUACAUAU